CUCCUACUUUUAUAAAAAAUAUAUAUAAUUGGUCCAUACAUUCGGCCUCCGCAGUUCAGAAGGGGUGAGCCUUUGGGUCAUCAUAACAUGCCUGAUCAUUUUCGGAUGGGUGAGCCUAUUGGCUUUGGUGAAUUUUCCAACCAUGAACGAAUGGGAGAAUUUGGUGGACCUGGAAACUUCCGUCAUCCACGACUUUGUGAGCCAGGAUUUAGAAGUAGGUUUUCACUUCGAGAGUUUCCUAAUGAUGGUGGAGUCUAUACAGGUGAUAUGGAUUCAUUUGAAAAUUUGAGAAAGAGAAAACCAGUGAGCACUGGUUGGUGCCGCAUUUGUAAAGUGGAUUGUGAAAUAGUUGGAAGUUUGGACCUGCAUUUACAAACAAGGGAGCACCAGAAAAUGGCUAUGGAUAUGGUUGUGACCAUCAAACAAAAUGCAAAGAAACAGAAACUAACCUCUGGUGAUCAGUCCAUACACAAUGAUUCAAGCAAAUCAAAGAACACAAAAGUAUGAAGGUCGUUCGAAUAAGCAUGAGUACUGACAUGUGAGGUCCCCUUGCUGGUUUGGUAUUUGGCACUUAGUGAUGUAGGCGAUUCACCCGUCAAUGCCCCUUUUCUACUUUGGGACGUGGUCCUGUCAAGUCAGGUUUCUACCAUGUUAACGGAGAUGGUUUUGGAACUGAAGUUCAUUGGCAGUUAAGUUUGGUGGUUUUUUAAAUAUUAUUUUUGCUUUUAGAACUUCAAUAUUUUGCCAUGCUAAUGUUUUUGCUAUAUCAGGAUGUUUUGAACUAGUUAUUCAUUACUACCUAUAUGUAUGUCUGUUGGCAGUUAAGUUUGUUGUUCUUUAAAAUAUUAUUUUUCCUUUUAGAACGUUAA